AUGCAUUCUUUGAAUGGUAAGAUAGAUUCUGGUUAUAAGAGGGUAGUUCGUAGUGACGAGAAUGGUGGGUAUUACAGGUUAUUGGGUUUUCCUUUGGCUAUUCAAUUCUGGUUUUUCGAGUGUUGCCCGUAUGUUAUUGGGAAACUGUCCUUGUACUCAAAUGUUGGCAUUCCAAGGAUUUUGAAUUGGCCUAAAUUACCCAAGGACAAGGAGGGUAUGGUGAAAAUGGAUGUCAUGAACACCCUCAUUUUCGAUCGGUCUUUGAAAGAGUUAAAAUUAAGAAACAUCACUCCAACUUCCGUUGAGAGAUUGAGUUUGAGCCUCACUGAUUUUUUCUCUGGUGAGACUACUCCCGAGGCUGUAAAAUUCAAAAUUAAAGGUGGUUCCAAGCCUGCUGGUCAACCUAGCUUGAUGGGUGCUUCUUCAUCAUCUGCUCAUGAGAAUGUCUCCCGAGUUGAGUUUGAGGAAUUUAAAAAGUGUUUAUCUGUUGUUGUCAGUCAGCAAGGGAUUCUUAUGAAAUCUGUUGCUGAGAUGAACAAGAAGCUGGACAUUCUUAUUGAGGUGUUUUUUUUAAUUGUCAUUACUUUUUCUGUUAUUUUUUUAGUAGUGUUUUUAUGUUGUUUUAUACAGUAA